AUGGUGUUGGCAAAGUCGAAAAAGAAUGAGGGGCUGGGCAAUACCCUGAUGAACGAUCGCUUCGGAAAGGGCAAAGGCACCGACCACAGGAAGACGUCCGCUACUAUGCGAACGAACCACACGACUGGCGAACAAUAUCUCGUAAACGACAAGAAGGAUGCAGCUUGGGUCAAGAUGCGCUCCGUUACGGAGCAAGGCGCGCUGGACGAGUUCCUGGCCACUGCCGAGCUGGCCGGCACUGACUUUACGGCCGAGAAGAUGAACAAUGUCAAGAUCAUCCACACCGACCAGAAGAAUCCCUAUCUGCUAUCCGCCACCGAAGAGAGAGCCAUCCUUGGCAAGCAUCGACAGCACAGAAACCGGCUGACGGUUCCGCGAAGACCUCACUGGGAUGCCUCGACUACUCGGGAGGAGCUCGACCUACGUGAGCGAGAAGCUCUUGUCUCAUGGCGAAGAGGCUUGGCUGAGCUGCAAGAGAACAAUGAUCUGCUCAUGACGCCGUUUGAACGAAAUAUCGAGGUUUGGAGACAGCUGUGGAGAGUCAUUGAAAGAUCAGAUCUCAUUGUGCAGAUUGUGGAUGCGAGAAACCCUCUUCUCUUCCGAUCUGAGGAUUUAGAAUCAUAUGUCAAGGCUGUCGAUCCCAAGAAGGAGAACUUGCUUUUGAUCAACAAGGCCGACAUGAUGACUAUCAAGCAGCGCAAGGCAUGGGGCAGGCACCUGAGAGAAGCAGGAAUUGCAUACAAAUUCUUUUCUGCGCAGCUUGCAAAGGAAUUGAUUGAGCAGGUUAAGAAGGAUGAGGAGAGCGAAGACGAGGCAGAGGCUGCCGAGGGCUCAGGAAGCAAAGCGCCAGAGGAUGAAGAUACUCAGAUUCUCACAGUAGAAGAGUUGGAGGAGAUUUUCCUAAAAUAUGCUCCAACCGAUAGAGAGGCAGAUCACAAACUCCAAGUCGGAUUAGUCGGCUACCCUAACGUGGGUAAAUCAUCAACCAUCAACGCCCUCAUCGGGGCCAAAAAGGUCUCCGUCUCUUCAACGCCAGGAAAGACCAAGCACUUCCAGACCAUUCACCUCAGCGAGCGGGUCAUCCUGUGUGAUUGCCCUGGUCUCGUGUUCCCCAACUUCGCAACCACAAAGGCCGAUCUCGUCACUCAAGGCGUGCUGCCCAUCGACCAGAUGCGUGAGCACUCCGGACCCGUAGGCUUGGUCGCUCAGAGAAUUCCCCAGCCAUUCCUGGAAGCUAUUUACGGCAUCAAGAUCUUGACUAGACCCGUCGAAGAAGGAGGCACUGGUAUUCCGACCGCUGAGGAACUGCUGCGUGCUUACGCUACUGCUCGAGGAUUCCAGACACAGGGUCUUGGUCAACCAGACGAAGCGCGAGCAUCCAGAUAUAUCCUGAAAGACUACGUCAACGGAAAACUCCUCUUCGUCCACCCUCCCCCAGGUAUCGAGGAUGAGAAGGAGUUCAACGCCGAGCUGUACGACGAAGCGCAUCUGCCCGAGCGCCGCCGUGCCGGUUUCAUUGCCGCCACGGAGGCCCUCCACCUCGAUGACGAGAGCAUGGCGUCCGAGUUUGUCGGCCUCCCCCAGGGCCCCAAGUCCAAGAGGCUCGAUAAGAGCUUCUUCACGCCAAAGAACAUCCGCGGGCAUGUUAGCCAGCCCUUCAACUACAAGUACACAGAGCAAGGCAGCGCGUCCGGCAGCACGGCCGGCGGCACCAAGAUGCUCAGCGGACGCAAGGCUCGGGCAGCGAUUGCUCUCGAGACCGGCGUGGACCCCAAGGAUGUGCAGCUUGGGUCUGGGAAGAAGCAUUUCAAAAAGGGCGCGCCUAACGGCAUGGGCAGGAAGGCAAGGAGGGGAGCACCAAACUUUGCUGAUGACUAG